AUGCCAGAGUGGGGCGCGAGCGAAAAAAGCAACAUCCUCUAUACGAAACAUCGCACGAACGGGUCUAGUCUCAAUUUAGACUUGGUAACCCUAUCCUUAACGCGCGUGCACGUCUCGCUCGCGGUAAACAAGCGAUGUUGCGUCACGGCGCGUCGACGCGCGUUCGACUUUGCACCGAAAUGCUGCCGCCAAUUGGGC